AUGUUUAUUUUAGUCUUAUUUGGUUAUAAACAAUAUAAGGUGUUCACAAUUGAUGUUCUAGGCAAUACACUAUUGGAUUGUAUAUGGACUCAAGCAAUAAAGGAAAUCACUAAAGUAAAUUUGAUCUAAGAUUUUGAAAAUAGCUACUUACAGCCAAAGACGAAUAACAUUAGAAAGAUUAAAAGACUGCUUAAUAGAAAAUAUCAUUAAAUGAGAAAAGAAUUUCAGCAAUAAAUCAAUAAUUAUAAGAAGAAGGAUUACUUGAGGCACCAACAGGAAAGAAAGUUACAAUAUAAAUGAUUAUAUUUAGGAUGACAAAAAAGGAGCUAAGCCACCUCCUCAAAAGAAAGGAAAAGAUGCUCCUCCAAGUAACCCUUUGGAAGCAGAGAAAUUGGAAUUGCAAAAGGAUACUGAGAAGUAAUAAGAGUAUGUCACAAAAUAUACAGAUAAAUUGAAUAAGAUAAAAGUGACAUUGGAAAAAUUCAAAGAUCUAAAUGAGAAAUAUCAUAAUGAUUAAUUAGUGAUUGAAUUAUGUGAUAAAACUGGAGAAAGAAAAUUUGUGAAAACAAAAUUAGAUGGUAUAGCUAAUACCUUUUUAAGUGAUAAAGGCACUUACAUUUUAGCUUAUUUGUAAGCCCCUGCCACACGUAAAUCUUAUAAAUAGAGUGAUAGCUGAUGAGGAAGAAUAGUUAAUGGCUUUAGAAUUUGAAGGUUAUUUGGCAAGGACUGUUGAUGAAGAUAUAGGAGCAGUUGAAGAACCAUUAUUAUAAUUAUAACCAAAAAAGGACGAUAAGAAGAAGAAAGGGAAAAAGUGA